AUGUACAAAUUGCAGCAACAUACCAGGAAGCCAUUCAGCAGCUCAGAAGAAGACGAAAGGUGGAAUCCUCAAAACCACAACCGUUUUGCGUUUGUUCAUUGCGUACCGCCAAGCUAUGAUAGGGUUCGCAUUCUAGAUGGCUAUAAGUGGCCCCUCCAAGAGCCGAUAGAAACCCUCAUGCUGUGCGACAGCCUCUGGGCAAGCACACAAUUCAGCUGUAAGAUCACCGGGGUGGAUUGUAAGGCGAUUAAAGAGGGUAAAGACAACCUGAUUGCAUUACCCUGUGGCCAUGCUUUCCAUCCCGACUGCAUCCACCAACAGCUCAAGCGGCACAUGUAUGCCCGAUGUCCAGUCUGCCAACACACACUACAUUACCGACUUUGUCACCACCGGGUACAUGUUCCAUUUUAUAGGCCCGGAACCGCUAUGCGCCAGGACGAGCUUGAUGGCGCUUGCCAGUCCUGCGCCCCCUUCACCUUCAUGCAACAGCAGCUGGAACAGUCUGGGCCAACCAAGAUUUUACCAAAAAGCGAUAAGUACUUCUUUGGUAAAGACUUCGGCUGGCACUGGUGGAUCCUGAGUAUUUUGGAUGGUGGAGCAGAUCGAUACCUUGCCGAGCGUUCUGCUCUCUUACAACGGCUCUUCCGGAUCUGUGCCGGGCAGGAUGAACAUGAGCGCGAGUUCGCCAUGACGAUAUUUGACACGCUACGACUCCUUUACGUGCAUUUAAAAGAACAUGAAGGGCUUGAUUGGGUGAACGCUUUGUGUCUCGUGGGUCCUGUCGCCUACGAGGAAGCGUCGUUGUGCGACGGCAAGACACCAGAACGGAGAGGCGUCGAUAUCUGGAGUUGUCUAAUGGAUAUGAUGGUUGAACGACUCCGUUUGUUCCACCUGCGUGGCGCCAAGUUGCGGCAACCCCAAGAGCUCCUGCCCUUUCAACCAUACUAUCCUAUGGUUGAAGAAUUGACGGAUGGCGCCAUUUGA